UAUCCUUGAGACUCCGUUUUGAUUCCACGUCGGUUUAUCUCUCAUCGAUUUUGUAUCGCAAACAUAACCUUCCAAAAAAUGCUUAAAUUCUUAUUAAUUACACCCGAGAUUCAGUCAUUUCGAGCAAGUUGAUUUUCUAUUUUGUGUUAUAAUCUUCAAGUUAGACUAAUAAUAUACGCCAUGCAAGUUACUGUGAAAAUUUUACAAGGAAGCGAGUGCGUGGUUGACAUUACGCCUUCAGAGACUAUAUUGGAAUUAAAGAAUAAAGUCAGUAAUCUUUUAAGUAUUGAUGCAAAUCAACAAAAACUAUUAUUUAUGGGAAAGGCUCUUGCAGAUGAGAACCCGCUCAGUUUUUACCCUGGAAUUAAGGAUGGAAGCAAACUGAAUCUAGUUGUCAAAAAGAAAGCAACAAUAACUAGUGAAAAUAAAUCUACCGAUGCAUCUGGUAUACAACUUUUUAGAAAAGAGAUGUCCAAAGUUUUAUCAUAUUAUUAUACAGAAUCUGAAACAGAAUUGAUAGUUAAUGAAGUAGUGAAGGACUUGAAAAACAAAGUUAGUAGUCUCAGUUUUGACGACCUGGAGAGAUUAGCUGCUGCGCUACUUCAGGAUCAUGAGAAUAUAGCUUAAGAUAUUUCAACAUUUUCCAUCCACUUAUUUGUUGAUUCCUUACAGUAAUACAAUUUUAGAAAUUUAAAUCGACUGAUUUCAAAUUUCAUAGGUAACUACGUUUAUAAGCUCUUAAAGUUAUGGAAAUACUGUAAGAUAUACUUAAUAGAAAGAAUAUGACAAUGU